AUCGCAUCUUUUUCUUUCUCAUCAUCAUACGUUAGAUUCCACCGAGUUGUUUUCGAUACUCCGUUGAUCCUCAAAGGAGACUGAACAUUCAACAUUUCCUCCUUCCUACCCAAUACCAAACUCUGAAACCAUGAUAUCCACAAGCGACCUUCACCUUCUCGGGUGCCACUUUGAACAAUACCCCGACUACGAAGAGCAAAACCUUAAGGCAAAGACGGCAGAGACUCCCAAUAACCACCAAGAAACCGAAUCCCAAACAAACCUGGGAGUCUUUCACUUCCCUAUCAUCAGCUUCGGUUUCGUAUUUGUGCUCCUGGGCAUAACAUGCACACUAGCCUCCAUCGGGGUCUUUCACUUUCUCACCCACACCCAUCAUACACUAAACCAGGACAUGGACAUUUCCACUUGGUCCGCUCGCCUCUUGCCAAUGUCAUUGUCCCCCCAAAACAAAUCGGUUACUGAUUCCUUGAUGGGGUUUGCCUUCAUCGAAGCCAUUGCAAGGAAAGACUUCUCCAGCAAAUGGAGGAACGCACUGGAGUUUGAGCUCAAGUUGGAGGUGGAGGCGAUGCCGUUUGAGAGUGCUGUGCUGGGGUUGGAGGAUUGGGUUUAUAAGAGAAAACCUCCGCGCACUCUAAGGUUAGCCUACACGCACUCUAAGACCCACAAAGUCCCAAGGGUUAGGGUCCCUGGCACCCUAUAAUAGGCUAUGACACCCAAC